AUGGUGAUUGAAGGGAGGUUGAGGAGGUGUGUGUCCAUUUCCGAGAACCAGUUUGGUUUCAUGCCGGGACGGUCGACCACUGAGGCCAUUCAUAUUGUGAGGAGAUUGGUAGAGCAGUUUAGGGCGAUGAAGAAGGAUUUGCACAUGGUGUUCAUUGACCUGGAGAAGGCCUAUGACAAAGUCCCCAGAGAGGUUCUAUGGAGAUAUUUGGAGGCUAGAGGAGUGCCUAUAACGUAUAUUAGAGUGAUCCAAGACAUGUAUGAUGGAGCUAAGACACGGGUUAGGACAGUAGGUGGAGAUUCGGAUUACUUUCCGGGGGAGGUGCCUUGGUGCUUGCUAUUUGCGGAUGACAUAGUCCUGAUUGAUGAGACGCGAGGUGGCGUUAACGAGAAGCUGGAGGUCCCGGGGGUCUCGGGUGCGAAUCAGAUUGGAAACGGAUCGAAUUUGGACUUGGAGGAAUUGCUGAAGCUUAAGGCUUCCGGUGCGAUCGCACCUGCGAGGUACAGGUGGAACAACGCACUUGCGGAGCGGCAGAUACGGUCAUGGGCUCGCAGGUACGGAGUGGUGCUCGAGAUGGGGAGUCCGCAGGUGCGGAUGGUUUCCGCAGAAGCAAAAGCGCACAUGCGAUUGAGUGUCCGAAGAAGCGGAAAAGCUGGGCCCUUCGGGGAAAGCCGCAUCUACGAGGCAGCUUCCGCAGAAGCGGCUAGUGGACCGCAGGCUUUAUUGUACAUAUAUGUCUGGUGGUCAUUUAGGCGCAAAGGCGCAUCUAUUGCGCGGACUUACCGAGAGCUGCAUUCCAUGUUACGAUCCGCAAGCAAGAAAAAAUGGAAUUUUGGGAAAUUAUUCAUAUCCAAUGGAGUUGGUUGUAGUGGUUGUCGUAAGCCAAAUUCAGUAGACAUAUUAGAACCAAAUCCAAAGCCAAAGUCCAAAAUCCCUAUUCUCACAAAUCAAUCACCUAAAAUUUGUCACACUUCUUCUAGUUUUGGGGAAUUCAAUGAUAAUGAUCUUGAUGAAGAUGAUCACACUUCCAUCACAUUUUCCAUCAACAUAGAUUCAUUAUCCCCCUCUAGUUCUAAUCAAAAUGAUUCUACCAAUUUAUCACCGUCAGAAGCGAAUUCAAAAUCUAGAGUCAGCCUGUUUCCAGAAAUUCGUGGUGGUAUUGCUGUCGUCAGGAACUCAGAUGAUCCAUUUCAAGAUAAUUUCACUUCCACCACCCUCUGUACUAACAUAGAUUCAUUAUCUAAACCUAUUUUUGAUCAAAAUAAUGAUACCAAUAUAUCACCACCGGAAGCGAAUUCAGAAUUUAGAGUCACCCCUUUCCCAAAAAUUUGUGACGGCGUUAUUGUUGUCAAGAACUCAGAUGGUCCAUUUCAAGAUAAUUUCACUUCCACCACCCUCUGUACUAACAUAGAUUCAUUAUCUCCACCUAUUUCUGAUCAAACUAAUGAUACCAAUAUAUCACCACCAGUAGCGAAUUCAGAAUUUAGAGUCACUCCUUUCCCAAAAAUUUGGGACGGCGUUAUUGUUGUCAAGAACUCAGAUGGUCCAUUUCAAGAUAAUCACACUUCCACCACCUUCUCUACUAACAUAUCUUCAUUGUCUCCACCUAUUUUUAAUCAAAACAAUGAUACCAAUUUAUCACGAUCAGAGGUGAAUUCAGAAUCUAAAGUCAGUUCGUAUCCAAAAAUCCGUGAUGUUACUGUCGUCAAGAAUUCAGAUGAUCCAUUUCAAGAUAAUCACACUUCCAACACCUUCUCUACUAACAUAGAUUCAUUAUCUCCGCCUACAUUUGAUCAAAAUGAUGAUAUCAACUUUUUGCUGCUGUCAGAGGCGAAUUCAGAAUUUAGAGCCAGCUCAUGUCCAAAAAUUCAUGGCAGUGUCGCGGUGGUCAAGGAUUCGAGUGAUCCAUUUCAAGAUUUCAAGAAAUCCAUGCUCCAAAUGAUAUUUGAGAUGGAAAUUUACUCACCUGAAGAUUUAAAGGAGCUAUUGAAUUGUUUCCUACAUCUUAAUUCGCCUUCUUAUCAUGAGAUUAUUAUUCAAGCUUUCUUGAAUAUUUGUGCCAAUUGAAAGAUUAUAUUUUGAACAUUUUUUUUGAAGGGUUUAUCACGAGG